AUGCCAGAGACUUACUACCCCGCGCUACGGGGCUGUCGGAGUGUGGGCGAAUACACUUACGAACACAAGAUCAGUGAGGGAAUGUAUGGAGUGGUCUUCAAAGCGACAGACAAGUUAACCGGCACCACAUUUGCGCUCAAGAAGCUUAAGAUGGACAAGGAGAAGGAGGGCUUUCCCAUCACCUCACUGCGAGAGAUCAACACGCUGCUCAAGUCAGCCCACCCCAAUGUGGUGAAGGUGGUGGAGAUAGUGGUGGGCAAGAGCAUGGACAUGAUAUACAUCUGCAUGGAAUACAUCGACAACGACGUGCAG